CAACUGAAAGAAGCCCACCGGCCCACCAACUACGGCCCGUUCUGAGCCCUAGUUUGCCGCAACGCCGCCACCAAUUCGCGGCUCUCGUCGCCGUCGAAGAGUCGCAGCCACCUCCCCGUCCCCCGCGCGCGCCGCCUAUCACCUGUGCUCCUCGCCGGCUUCGACUCCUCCUCCGAUUUGUCAUAGCCACCUGAGGUGGGUUCAGUCGCUGAUGGUGGCCAUGGUGAGGAAGGACGAGGAAGAGGGGCCGGCGGACCGCGUGCCACACCUGCCGUGGAUGCGGUGCCCCGUCGACAUCGACACCUUCUCCGGCUGUCCCGUCACACAGCUCCCCCGUCUCGACCCGAGACUGGCAGAGGCUUUGCAGAGAAUGGGAAUUGAAUCGUUUUUCCCGGUUCAAGAAGCAGCUUGGCUGGAAACAAUUGGUCCUGGUGCUUUUGAGAGGGAUAUCUGUAUCAACUCCCCAACUGGAUCUGGCAAAACUCUUGCUUAUGCCCUACCUAUUGUGCAAAUGCUCUGCAAACGGAAAGUAAGGUGCUUACGAGCUUUGGUUGUGCUUCCUACACGCGAUUUAGCCUUGCAGGUUAAAGAGGUUUUUGAUGCUAUUGCUCCUGUGGUGGGCUUGUCAGUAGGUUCAGCAGUUGGUCAAUCAUCAAUAGCAGAUGAAGUUUCUAGACUUGUCCAGAAGCCCAAACAAGAGUUUUACCCAACUAUUGACGAAGAAUAUGUCCAAAUGGAACCACAGACUAAAAUUGAUAUAUUGGUGGCAACCCCUGGAAGACUGAUGGAUCACAUUAACAUGACAAAUGGUUUCAGUCUGGAGCAUCUUCAGUACCUGGUCAUUGAUGAGACUGACAGAAUGUUAAGAGAGGCUUAUCAAUCCUGGUUGCCAACAGUGAUCCAACUUACACACUCAAUUGGCCAAGACCAUUCCUGGCAUGACAUUGAUGGGAAAACUCUACUUCAUCCAUUGACUACUAUUAGAAGAUCGGGUGUGGAGCGUGGGUUUAAAGGUAAAUGCUAUCCAAGAUUGGCGAAGAUAGUUUUGUCUGCUACACUGACUCAAGAUCCUAGCAAGCUAUCACAACUCGAAUUGCACCAUCCCUUGUUGUUGAAUAGUGGGAAGAAGCGUUAUAGAAUUCCUACAAAACUUGAGUCCUACAAACUGAUCUGUAAAUCAAACUUAAAACCACUCUCUCUCAUCGUUCUUCUCCAAGAACUGCAAGGGAAUAAGUGCUUAGUUUUUACCUCAUCUGUGGAAUCAAGUCACAGACUAAGCACUUUACUGUGUUUUUUUGAAAACUUACCCUUUAAAUUCAGUGAAUAUUCACGCUUGCAGCGUGAAUCUACUCGAAGAAAGACACUGGAGGCCUUCAAGGAAGGAAAAAUCGAUGUUCUAAUUGGCACGGAUAGAAUGGCUCGUGGAAUACAUAUUGAUGGUUUAAGAUAUGUUAUCAAUUAUGAUAUGCCACCAUAUGUGAAAACAUAUAUACAUCGAGCGGGUCGGACUGCUAGAGCAGGGGAAUCUGGUUCCUGCUUCACCUUCUUAAGAAAGCAUGAGGUUAAAACUUUUGACAAAAUGCUCAAGAAGGCAGACAAUGCUAGCUGCAGUCUUCAUUCAUUGCCUGAGGAAUCAAUAGAAACACUUCGUCCAACUUUCUCCAGUGCUCUGAGGAAACUGGAAGAAUCACUGGAAUCAGAAGCAGCAAAGAAAUCUAAUUUAGGAGAUAAAAUGCCAGGUGCUUCUAAACGGAAGAGAUCAAAUCAGUAAUGAAAGCAAUAGUGCUUUAGUUCUAACGUCUUGACAUUACACCUGCAUUUUCUACAGAGUAUUGGGAAGAAAUGUGAGGAGGCAAUUGAGUCCCAGUUCAAAGCAGCUAGAAUGGGACAUGUUAAACCUACAAUUUGAAGCAUGCUUGGCUUUUGUUAGUCAAAUUUGAGCCUGGUUAUUCUGGCCUGGGCUUGAAAAUUUGAGCCAAAUAUUUGGUCAACCAUUUUACUUGUUAAUUUAAUCAACCCUUAGAAGUUAGAUCAAAUAGAGUUCUGUUAAUUUUCUGCUUUCUUUAUUUGUUUGUAUCUCUUAUAAGGUAUUACAGUUCAGACAUUUUGUUCUCCACUAACAAAAUAUGGUUUUAUAUGGUAUUGUUGCUUGACUGAAGUCAUGUUA